AUGCGAUCACAGCAUCUUGAGGCUGCAGCGGCUGCAGCUGCUCCUGCUGGUGUGGAGCCCCCGGGCUCCAAGAGCAGCUGCUCAGUUCACCUCCAGGCACACCAAGGGGUGUUCCAGGAGAUGGUUAAGUCCGAGUGUCACUUCAUUAACGGCACCAACCGGCUGAGGUUCGUGAAGAGGUUCAUCUACAACCGGGAGCAGUACGUGCACUUCGACAGCGAUGUGGGGCGCUUUGUGGGGGACACACUAUAUGGGGAGAAGGUUGCCAGGUACUGGAACAGGGACCCGGAAUGGAUGGAGUACAGGCGGGCUGCGGUGGACCGGCACUGCCGGCACAACUACGAGCUGUCCAGCCCGUUCCUCGUGGAGCGCAGAGUGUCUCCCAGCGUGUCCAUCUCGCUGGUGCCCUCGCGCUCCCAGUCCGGCCCCGGCCGCCUGCUCUGUUCUGUGAUGGAUUUCUACCCUGCUGAGAUCCAGGUCAGGUGGUUCCAGGGCCAGCAGGAGCUCUCGGGGCACGUGGUGGCCACUGACGUGGUCCCCAAUGGGGACUGGACCUACCAGCUCCUGGUGCUGCUGGAAACUGCCCCGCGGCGCAGAGUCACCUACACCUGCCAGGUGGAGCACGUCAGCCUGGAGCACCCCUUGAGCCGGCAAUGGGAGAUGCUGCCAGACACCGCCCGCAGCAAGGUGAUGCUGGGAAUCGGGAGCUCCGUGUUUGGCUUCAUCUUCUUGGUGCUGGGGCUUGGCUUCUACCUGCACAAGAAGCUCCUGAGCCAGCAGCGGCUGCAGCCCCUCCCCGUGGCCUCAGGUGUGUUCCAUUUUUGGGGAAAAGCCCACUGUCACUUCCUAGAUGGCAACAACUGGGUGAAGUUUGUGGACAGGAACGUCCACAACUGGGAGCAAUUUAAGCACAGGGGAUACCCCAGAAUUUUGAGGAGGGAUUGA